AUUGCACAAUCGUAGCCACCACUCCGUGAACCCAACCGUACAAGAAGUGGGCCCACCUGACGGUGGUGCACAGCCAGGCCAAUGUUGGCAAGGAAUUUUCCAAAAGGGAAGGUUUUCGUUUAUUUGUUUGUCGUUGACAGAUUCCAUCGCCAAUCCUAAUCUCUAAUCUCCACCUAUUUUCAGCAACAACUCAAUCAACGAUAUAGCCUUACUCUAUGCAAUCCACAUUCCAUAUAUUCACAUUUCUCCAUAUAAGCCCCUUGAUUUCUCCUUUUCCUUUUUGACCCAAUUUCAUAUUUCAAAAAAUUAUUUAAAAAUUCCAUUUGAUUUUGGGUCCUGAGCGUCCACCUGAUCUCCUUGGUUUCGUCAUCACCGAGUGCUUCUUGUUUGUAUAAUUUCGAAAUCGUUGUUAUCGUCAAAGCUAAAGGAUUGGGUGUUUGACUCUUCCAUUUCGACUGCUCCUGUAAAGCGUGCAAGGCGGUUCUUCUUUUGAACCGAUUCAGAUAUGCAGAGCCAGCUUCAGUGUAGUGGGUGUAGGAACAUUCUUCUUUAUCCAAGAGGUGCAACAAAUGUCUGUUGUGCAUUAUGUAAUACAAUUACCUUUGCCCCUCCUCCUCUAGGGGUGGAAAUGGCUCAUCUUGUAUGUUUGGGUUGUCGGACAUUGCUGAUGUAUUCACGUGGGGCAACAAGUGUAAGAUGCUCCUGUUGUCACACUACAAACCCUGCACCAGCAUCUAGCCAAGUCGCACACAUCAAUUGUGGAAACUGCCGGACAACACUUAUGUAUCCUUAUGGGGCUCCAUCUGUCAAAUGUGCUAUCUGCCAAUAUGUUACUAAUGUUAGUAUGGGUAAUGUGAGGGUUCCACUUCCAGCUAAUAGACCUAAUGGUGCUGCCGCAAUGAUACCAUCUACUUCAACGUCCCCCCAUUCUCAAACUCAAACUGUUGUUGUGGAAAACCCUAUGUCUGUGGAUGAAAGUGGCAAACUGGUGAGCAAUGUCGUUGUUGGUGUAACAACAGAACGAAAAUAACAUGGUGAGGUUUUGAGAUCUUGCCGUUGGUAUGGUAGCAAACAUUCAGGAUUGUUCGAUAUGGAAAUUAUUUGUGUAUAUUUUGUUGGAGAUAGCUGUGGUUAACAUUGAUUUUAUAGAACUAUUUCUCUCAUAUAUAAGCUUUUCCAGAGAAAUUUAGAGUGGAUGUUCACUGUGAGGAUCAGACUUGAUUACCAACCUGAACUAUUGUUCAGUCUUCAGUGCCAUAUUUGUUUCUACCAGAGUGAUUUUACUCA